CUGCCGGCCCCGCCCGCCCGGCCCCGGGGAGGGAUGCGGCGGCGCGGCACCCAGGAUGCCCCGCAGCCCCGGGACGCGCCUCAAACCCGCCAAGUACAUCCCGGUGGCCACGGCGGCCGCGCUGCUGGUCGGCUCCAGCACCCUGUUCUUCGUGUUCACGUGCCCGUGGCUGACGCGCGCCGUGUCCCCAGCCGUCCCCGUCUACAAUGGCGUCCUCUUCCUCUUCGUCCUGGCCAACUUCAGCAUGGCCACCUUCAUGGACCCUGGCGUCUUCCCCCGAGCGGAUGAGGACGAGGACAAGGAGGACGACUUCCGGGCCCCGCUGUACAAGAACGUGGAUGUGCGGGGCAUCCAGGUCCGCAUGAAGUGGUGCGCCACCUGCCACUUCUACCGCCCGCCGCGGUGCUCUCACUGCAGCGUCUGCGACAACUGCGUGGAGGACUUCGACCACCACUGCCCCUGGGUCAACAACUGCAUCGGGCGCCGCAACUACCGCUAUUUCUUGUUCCUGCUGUCGCUCAGCGCGCACAUGGUGGGCGUCGUCGCCUUCGGGCUGGUCUACGUGCUGAACCAUGCGGAGGGGCUGGGCGCCGCCCACACCACCAUUACCAUGGCCGUCAUGUGUGUGGGCCUCUUCUUCAUCCCCGUCGUCGGCCUCACGGGCUUCCAUGUGGUGCUGGUCACUCGGGGCCGCACCACCAACGAGCAGGUGACGGGGAAGUUCCGUGGGGGCGUGAACCCCUUCACCCGCGGCUGCUACGGGAACGUGGAGCACGUGCUGUGCAGCCCUCUGGCGCCCCGGUAUGUGGUGGAGCCGCCCCGGCUGCCGCUGGCUGCUCGCCUGAAGCCGCCCUUCCUUCGGCCGGAGCUCCUGGAGCGAGCGCCUCCGCUCAAGGUCAAGCUUAGUGACAAUGGGCUGAAGGCUGGCCUGGGCCGCAGCAAGUCCAAGGGCAGCCUGGACCGGCUGGAUGAGAAGCCCCUGGACCUGGGCCCGCCACUGCCCCCAAAGGUGGAGGCCGGCACGUUUGGCAGCGACCUGCAGACCCCACGCCCGGGCAGUGCUGAGAGCGCCCUGUCGGCACAGAGGACCAGCCCCCCGACACCCGCCAUGUACAAGUUCCGGCCCGCCUUUCCCACGGGUCCCAAGGCGCCAUUCUGCGGGCCGGCAGGGCAGGUCACAGGCACCGACUCCCUGACGCUGGGGGAGGACAGCAUCCACAGCCUGGACUUUGCAUCCGAGCCCAGCUUGGACCUGCCUGACUACCCACCCCUCAGCGCGGCCGACACCUUCUCAGGCGCCCUGCGCUCCCUUAGCCUCAAGGCGGCCAGUCGGCGGGGCGGGGACCACGUGGCCCUGCAGCCCCUGCGCUCUGAGGGUGGGCCCCCCACGCCCCACCGCAGCCUCUUUGCCCCCCACGUGCUGCCCAACCGCAACGGCAGCCUGUCCUACGAUAGCCUGCUGAACCCCAGCUCCCCGGGGGGCCACGCCUGCCCGGCCCACCCCGCAGCCGGCGCCCCCGGCUACCGCUCACCCUACCUGCACGCGGGGGCACCAGGCGACCCGCCGCGGCCGCCGCCCCGCAGCUUCAGCCCGGCGCUGGGCCCGCGGCCGCGGGAGCCCUCGCCCGUGCGCUACGACAACCUCUCCCGGACCAUCAUGGCCUCCAUCCAGGAGCGCAAGGACAGAGAGGAGCGGGAGCGGCUGCUGCGCUCUCAGGCCGACUCUCUCCUCGGCGACUCGGGCGUCUACGACACGCCCAGCUCCUACAGCCUGCAGCAGGCCGGCGUGCUGUCCGAGGGCCCACGUGGCCCCGGGCUGCGCUGCGGCUCCCGGGAUGACCUGGUGGCUGGGCCUGGCUUCGGGGGUGCCCGCAACCCCGCGCUGCAGACCUCGCUGUCCUCGCUGUCCAGCGCGGUGAGCCGGGCGCCACGGACCUCCUCCUCCUCCCUGCAGACAGACCUGGCCAGUAGCGGCGGCCCAGGGGCCCGGCCCACCAGCGGCCCGCACAGGUCGCCGGCGCACCAGGUGCCCCCGUCUCCACCUGGCACCCCCUGCUCACCCUCCUAUGCCGGCCCCAAGGCCGUCGCCUUCAUCCACGCGGACCUCCCGGAACCGCCGCCCUCGCUGGCUGUGCAGAGGGGCUGGAUCGGCACCUGCAGCCGUGGAUGGGGGCGGCGCGGCCAGCCCUGGGCGCCCCCCGGCCUGCACCUGUGCCACUUCGGCCUCCCAGAGGACCACCCGCCGCUGCGGGCCCCCUGGAGCCCAGCCCCAGGGGCGCCUCCCCGGGGGGCUGUGUGCCGGCUGCACUUGGCUGCCUCUAGCCUCUUCCCCAGCCUCUCGGGGCCCGAGCGGGACACCAAGUAGGCCACUUUGGGGCCCCGGAGGGCUGGGCUGCUGUGGACCCUAGGGGCCCUGGGGCCUCCGUUCCACCAGCCACAGCUAGACUUGACCCCCAGCCUGCCAGGGCCCAUGACCCUGCGCCCUCCCGGCUCAGGAGGCCCCCGCCCGCCGCAGAGGGUCAGACCCCCCAGGCGGGGGCCCCAGAGCUGCUGGGGCCACCACAGCCUUCUGGGCUGUCUCUGCCCCCGCACCUGACCCCCUGCCUGACCAAGCACUUUACGCGUCCCUUCCUUCCCAGGGAGCCCGGCCUCUGUGGGCUGGGCCAGGCCGGGUGGGGGUCUCAAGCAGCCCCUGCAGGCCUCUGCACUGCCCCCUCCCCUUGCACCCUGCACAUGAGCGGAUGCCUUAAGCUCCUGCAGCAGCCAGCCAGAGGAGACCCCAGCCCGCCAGCCCUGCCCCGACGGUCUUCCUUCCUUCUCUGCACACCUGGGGUACUCAGAGGGCCCCGCCAUCCCCAGCCCUGCAGCCCCCAGCCAGCUGGGCCCCCCUGAUGCCCCCAGGGGCGGGGCAGGGCCUUGGCCAGCCCCCAUCUCUCGCCAGCAGAGCUGUUUCUCCCACGUGGGGACGAGCAGCCACAAAUCUGGUCUCUUGUUCUGAAAGGAUCCCCUCGCCCCAGUUUAAUGCAGAAAAUAAAA